GACAUGGCUGUGGAUAUAACAUUACUUUUUAAAGCCAGUGUUAAGACAGUCAAAACCAGAAACAAAGCGAUGGGAAUAGGGUUCGAUUCUACCAAAGACGAGAUUUUCAAGCGGAGCAGACCCAAAAGUGGCUUCUCUCCGAAGGCAAAAGAAGUGAUCAUUAACAUCAGCAAGCUCAAAGACUUCUUGCUGCAACACAGGAAGGAUUAUGUGAGUGCGGGAAGUCUAAUCUCAUCAGACCUCACCCGCAUGACAGAUAGCGAACGGGAUCAGAUUGACCAGGAUGCCCAAAUUUUCAUGAGGACAUGCGCUGAGGCCAUCAAACAGUUACGCCCUGAAGCUGAGAAGCAUGUGACAUCAGCCCAGACUAAAGAACACAGGGGCGCGGUUUUGGAUCUCAUUGAAAUGUAUUUGAAAGGAGUAUGUAAGCUGUACUCAGAGCAGAGGGCCAUAAGAGUCAAGAGAAUGGUGGACAAAAAGAGGCUGUCACGACUAGGAUCUGAUCAGCACAGUCGUGUGGAGAAAAUGAUCGACGAAGAGCCCAAGGAGGAAAAGACUGUCAAGGAAGAAAGCUUUGAAAAGAGUGCAACAGAGAUGUUGGACCAAAGUGUCAACCUGUGGGAGGACGCCAAAGUGGAGGAUGAGCUCUCUCCUGAGGAGAUUCAAAUGUUUGAGCAGGAAAAUCAAAGGCUGGUCAGUGAAAUGAGCAAUCUGGUGGAUGAAGUCAGGCAAAUUGAGGGCAAGGUGGUGGAAAUUUCAAGAUUGCAGGAAAUCUUCUCAGAGAAAGUCCUGCAACAAGAGACCGAAAUCGAUAACAUUCAUCAGUUAGUGGUGGGCGCUACAGAGAAUGUUAAAGAAGGUAACGAAGAUAUACGCGAGGCGAUCAAAAACAACGCCGGUUUCCGCGUGUGGAUCCUCUUCUUCCUAGUGAUGUGCUCCUUCUCGCUGCUCUUCCUGGACUGGUAUGACAGCUAA